AUGGCGGGUACGUCUGGAGUUGUGGCGGCGGUUUUCCUCUUAGUCCUGCUGAUCGGAACCUCGGGCGCCGUCGUCUUCCCGCGGUCUCUGAAAACGUCGUUUCCCAGAGCUGUUUCGGUAAGAAAUUUUGGUGAUUCCCAGACGCUUCGUUUCUCAUUUGCGUUGGACGAUGAGACGACUUUAGAUCAUCGCCUGAUGAUUUGUUUGAACCUUUCAGGAUUUGAAGGAGGCGAUUCUGAAAGGGUUGGGGUCGCACGAGGAAGGACUGGCGUUGUCGGGUUUUGACCCGCGGGACGCGAAAGUGGGGCAAUCGGUGGCGUACGAGUUCCAUGUGGAGAUCGAUAAGAAGAUCAUCCCAAUCAAGCUUCUGGAGGAUGUGAGUCGGUGGGAGUUUGUAGAUUUCCCUUUUCUUGCUAUGGACGGCGAGGCGGAUAAUGCGGAUAAGGGGUUGGCGGAGAUGGAGAAGGCUCUAGAAUCUAUGAUCCUCCCUGUUCUUCCCCCGUUCCAGCUUGAAGGCCCCAUGGAGCUCUGGAUCCAGGAUGGCGAUGACAUGAGGCUGGCCUUGCCAGUGAGUACAUAUUUCUUCCCUUAUUUCCUCCAUGAUCCUCAUAUUCGUAAAGAAGUAUUCAUCAUUAAUCUCAUGCAAAGCAUUUGACAUUUGAACUGCCUUAAGAUAUUUAACAAUUGGUAUCAUCCGAAUUGUUUUCAUCUCCUGUUUUAGUCCUUAGAUUUAGGGUUACCGCCAUUAUCAGUCUACGCCUGUUUUCAAUCGAUUGCCUUCGAAGCAACAUCUAUUUUUCAGAUUUCUGGGAGGCUUCUGCAGUCCCAAACCAUCAUCGUAGCUAUUGUCUUAAAUAAUAGAAACUUAAUUGCAUCAGACUAGAAUAGGAUGUUCGAACAAUGACGAAUCUCUUGUCGAAGUCCUUGGCAAUUCCCUUUUUGAUUAUUCCGUCAAUUUGCGCAGCACGAUGUGGAGGCCGGCGUGCUGAAGAAGGUGCUGUUAUCAGAUGGCGCAAAGGUGACGGUGAAGGGCGCCAAAUCCGUCGGCCUCCGGCACGCCGUUGAAUUGCCUCUUCCUCUCAACCGCACCCGCGGGGGGCGCGCAGUCGCUUCCGGCCUUCUAACCAUGGCCGAGGCCCUUCGCCAUGCCUCUCGCUCCAAGGAGAAACCCCUCCUCUCUCUCCGAAUCGUCGGACCAACCUCUCUGUCGUCGUCUCCAACACCCAUGUCCUCCAGUGACAGGCUCAAGCUCAAGCGUCUGGCCCCCGGGCUCGUCGAGCUCUCAUCUCCCUCGGUUCCUGCCUUGUCUGAAGAUCCAGACGCCACAAGUUCCCCCUUUCUGUGGCCUCUUACGUCCCUCGACGGAUCCGACUCCAACCUCAGGGGCUUCGAGGAGCUGCUGGCGUCUGUUCUGGGCAAGAAGGGGAUGGAAGAAGGAUCCUUCAGGUUGCUGAAGGCAGAGGUGUCUGCCAUGACCUAUGUGAAACUGGGAUUCGUCAUGGAGAGGCUGGUUUCAAAUAUGGACGUGGACUGGUCAGGCUUCCCCGCGUGGCAAACCAGGCCGGAGAAGAUCCGGUCCCAAUUCGAGGUUCUUGCCCGGGUGGAAGAGAACGGGAUGAUCGUCCCCGAGAGAAUCGCAGAGAUCUCGCCCGUCCCGGCGGUGGACUUUCAGCUGGAGAGCGUUGGAUCAGAGAACGUCUCGAUGUCCCGGGUACCCAUCUAUCAUCCUCCUCCUGUCUAUUUCACCCUGUGA